AUGGUUCAAGCUGGAAUAGCAGGGCUCGAUACACCACGCACAGCCCUUGGAGAUGCUACUUAUCUAGGUAGCCAUGCCCUGGACUUCGAUAUCUCGCAGGAACAGUCUUUCCAAUCUCCUUCGAAGGAUAACAACCUAGUUUCGCAGAUGCAAAAUGGCCGUCGUGGUGUCAAUAUCCGUACUCCCAGAGGUCGUACCACGCUGGGAGAUAGACGAAAUUUGCCGGCCGGGCUUGGAGGAGGAGAGUUCACGCCUCUACUAAAGAAUGCAACGAUGAAUAGUGCCCGGCGGAAUAACAAAGAGAAUGUUCAGGCCACACCAGCAUUUCUUCGUGCGGGGGGAUUGGACAAAAUUCAGGAAGGUUUCAGCCCACUACCUGCGGGGUCAGCAUAUGGCGACGAUUCGACAAGAACCGGUUCCUACAUGGCCGGCACGCCGAUGCCACAUAUCGAUAGUAGCACAGCUUCGACACCUGCAGCUCUAUUGCCCCGGCGAAAUGAGGGACCCGGGGUUCUACAGGAUGGAAAUCAGUUAUCAUUACGUGAGCAGGAAAAUGUAAUCGACAGAAUUGAGAAAGAGAACUUUGGAUUGAAGCUCAAGAUUCAUUUCCUGGAAGAAGCCUUGAGAAAGGCAGGGCCGGGAUUUAGUGAAGCUGCAUUGAAAGAGAAUACUGAGCUCAAGGUCGACAAAGUUACCAUGCAAAGGGAGCUGCAAAAAUUCCGUAAGACGUUGACAGCAGCAGAGAAAGAUGUCGAACAAUAUCGACAACAAAUCCUGGAUAUGCAGGAAAAGUUCAAGAGGAGGCAUGUUAGUGCUGGACAACAGGAGGAGCUCGAUAAUUUACGUCAAGUCUUGGAGGAGAAGGAGGAUGAAUUAAAUCGAGUGCGAAGCCAGGAAGACAAGUACGCUGACAUGGAGAACAAAAUGGAUGAUCUGGAAGCAGAGUUACGUGAAAAGGAUCGAGUCAUUAAUGAUCGGGAAGACGAUAUUGACAACCUAAAAGACGAUGUUCAGAAACAUGUUGGGACUAUAUCCAAUCUAGAGACAGCUCUGAAGAAAUCGCAGCGCCGAGCAAUAGAGUUGGAAGAAAAAUCACAGGGCCAGUCAAACGACGAGCUCAGAGAGGCCGAGUCAACGAUAAAGGAAUUAGAGCGUGAUGUAGAACGCCUGAGGAUUGAAGCGUCAGAGGCUAAGAAAUCUCAUCAAGAAACUAUUCGGGAUAAGGAGCGUGCCGAAGCUAACCUAGAAGAACUCCAAGAUGAGCUAGCUAACAAGUCAAUUACCACCAAAGGCUUGAGUCGACAAAUUGAGGAAAAGGCCAACCGAUUGCAAGACGACCUGGAGGAUCUUCGAGAACGACACCAAAACCUGGAACAGCAAUAUGCCGAAAAAACACGUGAAGUAAAAAAAAUGCAAGAGAGACUAGAGGACUUGAGACGCGACAGUGAAAUGAAGGAGCAGAAUCUUCACGAUAAACUUGAGCACGUUGAAAAUGAUCUUGAUCAGACUAUUCAGGAGCGAAAAGCUCUAGCCACGAGACUCGAAAGUUUGCAGGGAUUACAGAGAGAUUUUCAACAGAGAAAUGAUGAGAAGAAUCUCCUCCAGGGUCGACAUGAUGCUCUGACGGCUGAAUCUGCUAGCCUACAGGCAGAUUUGGCACAGGCCAAAGCUUUAAUUGAGGAACUUGAAGACAAACUGGAACAUGAGAAGACUCUUGCGCUCGGAAAUGCACGCGACGUGCGGAAUCAAUACACAGAAGAGAUAGAUCGCCUUAAUAACGAAGUUGAAGAUCUGAAAGCAGAAAUCCGAGAGAAAGAGCGCCUGUAUGACGAUGAUAUUGAGAGCUGGGAGACGGAGAAACGCAACCUGGAAACCCAACGGGCUCGUGCGGAAGAACAAGCAGCAGGUCUUCAGAAGACCAUCGAUCGACUUCAACAGACAGAAGGAUCUUUAUCUGGAAGAGAGUCGAAACUUCGAGAGGCUAUUCGCAGCGAGAAAGAGAGACAUGAGAGUCAAGAAGCUCUCCUGACACGCCAAAUUAACGAGUUGAAUGAGGAUGUCCAGACUCGGCGCAAGGCAUUGGAAGACUCACGAUCCGAAUUGGCCAGUGUCCGUGAAGAACUCAGACUCAGCCAACGUGAGCAAAGAUCUCUGACUGAGAAGAUCGAGGGUCUAGAAGAUGAAGUCGAGAUUUUACAAACCAGCCUUGACGAGGAAAGCGAGCAAGCCAACCAAGACGUCAAUGCCGCCAGACAUGAAUCGGAGAGCCUCCGAAGACAACUACAGACCCUAAAGCAAGACCUUGCUAAGGCAGAAGCCGCAGCUACUAGUGCAAGAGCAGAACUGGAGGUGUUCCAUAGUGACUUCCAGGCCGAUCAAGGGUCCAAAGAUAGCCUGAAUAAGUUGUUGCGGGAUCAUGAGGCUCAAUUAUCAAAGGUCCGGUUAGAGAAACAGAACUUGCAAGACCAGAUCGGCAAAGUCAACAUCGAACUACACUCCCUCCGAUCAUCAAAUUCUGAACUGAAGGCCGAGAAAGAUGAGAUAUCUAGCCAAUUGAGGGCUUUGAAGCAACAAGAAGAUGAAACUUUCCGUCUAGAAGAGGAGAGGGUGGAGCUCCGAACAGCCAAGAUGAAGCUUGAUAAUGAAGUUCGCCGACUCCGGGAGGAUCACAAGGUUGCCGUUGCCGAGCAAAAGGCUAUUGAGAAGGAGCUCAACGAAGAGAUUGAGAGAGCCAGCAACGAAGAAGCCCGUCUCAACGCUGAGAUUCAAGACCUACAUCGUAUACUUCGCGGCUCAUCGGAAAAGCGGGAGUUAGCGACAGCUAAGAAAACCAUCAGCAGACUAGAAGAGCGCAUCCUAGAAUUGGCAAGCCAGCCAGCAACGGGUGAUCACCAGAACGAGAGUUCCCGUGAGCUUUCUGAAAUCAAACAAGAUCUCACAGCACUUCGUCAAAAGGAGAAUGAAUACAUUCAACGCGAAACCGCGAACAAAGAUAAAGUUAAAAGUCUCAAGCGCCAAAUUGCUGAACUUGAACGUAAAGUACACGAGACAGAUAUGGCUCGUUUUGCCGUCGCCUCUUCACCUGCUUCUGCUGGUGGCUCUACUCGCAAAGAAGUUGCCCAACUCCGUCAUCAGCUUUCAGAAGCACAUCAGUCUCUCAAAGAUCUUCGUUCCCGAAUGAAGGAAUCCGACAAAGAAGCAGCACGAAAAAUUAGCGCCAUGAACAUCAAUUUCCAACACCAAGAACAAACCUGGGAAGCCGAGAAAGAUCAGUUGGAGCGUCAACUGGAUGAAUUACGUCUUACCAAAGAUGAGCUCUCAACCAGAAACGCUUCUUUUGAAGCAGCUAUCAAUAGACUUAGUGACAAGAUUGAUCGUCUCCAGAAAGCGCUCAUGUCCGAACGUGCAAACAGCGGUGAAGGACACACUAUAGCUCUUGAGCGCCGAGACCUCCAUGAAAUGCUCCAAGAAACUCAAAUUCAACGUGAAUCCCUGGAGCUUCUCAUCAAGGAACGCGAAAAUGCCAUCCAAACUGUGAGCGCUAAGGAAGUUGAGCUCCGCAGCAGUCUUCGUCGUGUCCGUGAAGAACGUAAUCGAGAACGUGCAAGGGCACUCAGCACGAAAGAACAACUGGAGCUUCUUGAGGAGGAGUAUGUCAAGUCAAAGGAAGACUACAUCAAGGCGAAAAGUGAAUGGGAAGCCGAAAAGCGCACUCUUAGUCGUGGUGUCAGAUUCCCAAAUAUGUCAAUCUCAUAUACCGAAGACGAAAUCCAAGCACUGAAGAAGGAAAAAGAAGAAGGGGAGAAGCGAUUUUCGAGAGAAAUUGAAAAGAGAGACGACAAACAUGGAAAGGAGUUGAAGGGUUUGUGCAUGCAAAUCGAAUGGAUGAAAGCCCGAUGUGCUCGAGAAGAGAGCAAGCGAGCCGAUUUAGCAUACGCGAAGAAAUACCUACUCGCGAAAAUCAACAUGUAUGAUGCAUGCAACAAAGCCGAUCUUCGUCUCCUACGCCAAACAAGCCUAAUUCCCGAACCCGCUCCAGUUCCAAAACCUAAAGCCACUAUCCGCACAGUAACCUUCUUAAUCAUAGCCGGUCUGCGCAUGCGCAAAGGUGCCGAAGCCUGGGACAAAAACAAGAAAAUGCAUCAGAAGAUUCUCGGAAAAUUAGAAGUUAUGAGAGCCAACAGGGCAAAGAGAAUUUUAUAUGAAGAAAGUGCAGCAAUAGAAGGGAUUCAAGCCCCAGUAUCGACGAAAAAAGAAAACUCCGCGUCCCGCUCUGCAUCUCGAACGGGCUCGAGAAAUCCAUCGCGGAAUGCAUCACCCAUCAAGGCAAACCAAGCCCAACCGAUCGUUAACCCGGCCUUUAACGUAGCUAGAAAAAGCAGUCUCAAGAGUGCCGUGAGAGAAAUAUUAAAGGAGAAGAAUGAGGGGAUUACAGAUCGUGUGAACGGAUUUUAG